GGGAACUACACUGACUUUAUAAUAUAUAAAGCUGAAAUGACAAACUAUUCAACAACAAGACAUCAACAGCAACAAGAAAUCACAGAUCAACUACUUUUACAAGACAAAGAUGGCCAGCAAACAUCUUCAGACUGAGGAAUCAAAGCUGAGGAUCGUGCUCCUGGGAAAGACCGGAGUUGGUUUGAGUGCGUCAGGAAACACCAUCCUUGGGAGGAAAGAGUUUACGAGUGAACUGUCUUCUGCAUCUGAAACAAGAGAGUGUAAGAUGAAGGAAAGAAAGUUUGAUGGACAAACACUGGCUAUUGUUGAUACUCCAGGUCUGUUUCACACAGACAACGAUCAUAAGAAGGUGAUGAAAAAGAUCUUACAAUGCAUCAUGAUGACUAUGCCCGGUCCUCAUGUGUUCCUGUUGGUGCUAAAGCUAAAUUCCUUCUCACAGCAAGAUGAAGAUACACUGAAAACCUUCAAGAACAUCUUCAGAGACGCAGAACGUCAUACUAUCGUCUUGUUCACCCAUGGAGAUGAAUGUAAGGAUGAUAAUUGUAAGGUUCAACAUCAAUGUCAAGCUUUGGCUAAAAGAAAAGAAGAUGUCAGAAAUGUCAUCGUUCUGCGUGAUGAUGCAUUUCAUGUCUUUAACAACGAAGUCGAGGAUGAGUCUCAAGUUAGUGACCUGGUGCAGAAGAUCAAGAACAUGGUCCAGGAAAAUGGCUACUACAGAGGCGAAAUAUAUGAAAAGGCUGAGAAUGCCUUAGAAGAAAAAAAUGAACCCCAUGAGGUACAGGAAGGUAAUAAAGAGCUAUUUGGGAAGCAUGUGGAGGACAUGAUCAACAAGGGUCAGGCUAUAUUGGAGGAACGCAUUUUAGAUUCCUUUCCAGGUGUGAAAUCUUUCCUCAAAAAAGUGCAAGACAUGGCAUAUGCAUGCAUGCCACCAGAAUCUAAGUAAAUAGAGCUCAUCAAAUGAGUACUAAAAAACAUAUGACAAAGGGAAAAUCAUAGUGGUGAAAGGAUGCAAAUUUAUUGUUUAUUUUUCACUGUUCAAUACACUUUUCAAAAUGUAUACAAUGUGUAGAUGCUAUAUUCGUGAUCUGUGGACAGUUGGGGCAUUGGCUGUUGUGUGAAUAGUGAUCUUUUUCUUUUUUAGGAAAGGUGACAGUAGUGUGAGUUUGUUAUACUGCUACAUAAGGCGUCAGGUUGAUUUUUUUCCUACCAAAAUCUCUAAACAUUGUUGCUUGACUGUCCAGUCACCGCAGUCCCGAUGAGAUACGAUGCUUGCUAAGCAAUAAGCUUUUAUUACCAAGCGUUUCGCCUCUUAGGCUACACACAGGCCACUCCUUCUUAUUGGAGAGGUUUGUUGGAUCAGUAUGCAUCCAAAUUAUGCAACAUAAAUCAAAUAAUAGCGUAAAAUGUUUAAAUCAAAGCACCUCAAACCAUUUCUGUGCUCUGUCUGAUGAAAUGUUUAUGGCGGGAGCUUUCAACAUUAAUUUUGUGUUUGAGGAAAAACUGUUAACCGAGGAAAUUUUCAGACAUUUGAGAUGUAUGUAAGUAGAUUUGUUAACUUGUAAUUAAAUCCUGUUGUAAACUGCAGGUAAAAAAAUUUAAAUGCUUAUUUUGUGCAUACAUAUUGUGAUGAAAGGCUUCCAUCAAUUUCCUUUUUUAAUAUUUUGGAUAACACUUAAAUAAGGCUGGAAUUAUUAAGUGUUAUAUACUUGUAUUAUCCUGAAUCCUUGUGUGGUGGGUUACUGAUCAGGUGUUUUUAUUCCCUGUGCAUCCUUGAUGUUUCUUGCAUCAUCUGAAUAAAGUGAUAUCUGUCUAAUCUG